AUGGCAGUCAGACUGUGCGACGUGGCUUCUCUGCUUAGAAGUGGUUCGUGGGCGGCAGAGCCUUGGACUGGGCAGGUAAUUGCAGCCAUGGAAACACAGCUGUCCAAUGGGCCCACUUGCAACAACACGAGCAACGGUCCCUCAACAAUCUCAAACAACUGCUCCUCUCCGGUUGAGUCGGGGAGCAUGGAGGACAGUAAAACUAACUUGAUAGUAAACUACCUGCCUCAGAACAUGACCCAAGAAGAGCUCAAGAGUUUGUUUGGGAGCAUCGGGGAAAUUGAGUCCUGUAAAUUAGUUCGAGACAAAAUAACAGGGCAGAGCCUAGGUUAUGGAUUUGUGAAUUACGUGGACCCGAAAGACGCAGAGAAAGCCAUUAACACAUUAAAUGGCCUGAGACUACAGACCAAAACCAUUAAGGUUUCCUACGCUCGUCCAAGCUCAGCCUCCAUUAGAGAUGCAAAUUUGUAUGUCAGUGGCUUACCAAAAACCAUGACUCAGAAAGAACUGGAGCAGCUCUUCUCUCAGUACGGACGAAUUAUUACCUCACGCAUUCUGGUGGACCAAGUGACCGGUGUCUCCAGAGGGGUGGGUUUUAUCCGGUUUGACCGGCGAAUCGAAGCAGAAGAAGCCAUCAAGGGCCUGAAUGGCCAGAAGCCACCGGGCGCCACAGAGCCCAUCACCGUGAAGUUCGCCAACAACCCCAGCCAGAAGACAAGCCAGGCUCUGCUCUCUCAGCUGUACCAGUCGCCCAAUCGAAGGUACCCCGGACCCCUCGCACAGCAGGCACAGCGCUUCAGGUUGGACAAUCUGCUCAACAUGGCAUAUGGAGUCAAGAGCCGGUUCUCCCCCAUGGCCAUCGAUGGGGUGACCAGCCUGGCUGGCAUCAACAUCCCAGGGCACGCGGGCACCGGCUGGUGCAUCUUCGUCUAUAACCUGGCUCCGGAUGCAGACGAAAGUAUUCUGUGGCAGAUGUUUGGGCCGUUUGGCGCCGUCACAAACGUCAAGGUCAUCCGGGACUUCAACACAAACAAGUGCAAAGGGUUCGGAUUUGUCACCAUGACUAACUACGACGAGGCAGCCAUGGCCAUCGCCAGCUUGAACGGAUAUCGCCUCGGGGACAGAGUUCUGCAAGUCUCGUUCAAAACCAACAAAACGCACAAAGCCUAA